UACCGUUCCGUCGUCGACCGUUCGCGCACGCCGCUUCGCUCGCGCGCUUCGCGUCAUUUAAACACGUGCCGUUUUGUUCAUUUGCGUGCGAAUAAUUAUUCGCAGUUUCCUCCGCGCGUGAAAAAAAAAAAAAAAACAACUUUAACCCGGGAUUUUUAUUCGCGGGGGCAGCGAAAAAAACGCGAGUCGUUAGAGGUGAUACGAGAAUAAUCGUUGCGAACAACGACGAAGUUUAUUUUCUCAAUGACUUGCGCGCGCUGACGGUUAUUAGAGAGCUCGCUGUUGAUUCGUUUCAUCAGCGACGUCGUUUUUUUUUUUUUUUUUUUUAUCUACGUAAUCUUCCACGUUCCAUAGUGCAAAUGACACGAAAAUAACGACGGAUAAUAAAUAUACUCGCUUUCUAUUGAUUAUUUUAAUACACGUUCUUUUUUUUUUUUUUGUUAACAAUAUUUGUGAUACAACGUCAUGUGUCGAUACGAUAUUCAGAGAUAAAUAGAGGAGAUUAACGUGCUUGACAAACUUCGAAUUUCUUAUCAGCGCCAGUCUUUUAACUCGAUCCAACAAACACGACAGUGUGUUCGUUUCAUUCUUCUUUUCACUUUUCGUCUCGGUGAAUCAUUAGCUGUGCAAUAUUUUUCUCACAAAAUUAACGAAAGGAAGAGUUUUUCCAAUAAAUUUUUAAUUACGUGUGACUUCGUUUUUUUUUUUUACACAACAGUUUUAUUUGCCGAGACGAAAUUUAUUCGGAAAGGAGCGAUCGUCAUCAAAAAAUCGUCCUUCGCCUGAAGCCGUUCGCGGAUUUCGUUCGUCGAUUGUGAAAUUUUCUCCGCGGGCGUCGCGCAAUUUUGCGAACCCGAAACUCUCGGCUCGAAACCCGCACCCGUCUCUCGCGGGGUUCAACGUUCCUGAAAUAGUGGGUGUGUCGUGUUUACCGGGCGAUGGAGACGACGCGGUGCGCGCAAGUAUCCGAAGAGGAGAACCUGUACCAGGUGUACAAUCACGAGAAAGCGACCAGUAACCUCGUUACUCUCGACGCGCUGCUGGCGGACUUGCAGAACACCGUGUCGUCGGAAGGAAGUCACAUCGGCGGCAAUGCGACACCCGGUUACGGAUCGCUGAACGGAGCACGCACCCACACGGUUAACGCGUACAGAUCCUACGACAGUCGAACUUCACCACUGCCGCCGCAAUCGCCUACUUAUCAAAACCGCGAGGCGAUAGAAGAGACCAUCAGUAAAACCGGAAGCGCGUCCUACCCUCAGGCCGGCACCGGGAGCAAAAUGCCCUCCCUCAAUAAUAAUCUUUCCGAACUGGACACCCUUCUGCAAGACCUCAGCAACGCGCGCUAUAACGCCCACUACCAAGAUAGAGACAGCCGCGUGUCCGCCGCAGGAAUAAACGGGGGUGCGACCAGUCCUACGCUCCGUUCCCCAAGUAGUAUGUCGACCUCUCGACCAACUGUCGAUUCGUUACUCGAAGAACUAAGCACCGCCGUGCCUAACGGAGACUACCCAGCCGACGGAAAGGUGAGAGUCACCAUACAGGAGACGUCCACGGAGAUACAGCCGGUCUAUGACGGUUAUCCCUCCAGCCAGCACGGCUCGCUUAACCGAAGUGAGGUUCAGAGAAGCUAUCCUAACGGUCAUACCGCGAGUAACGCUACCAAGGAGCUGGACGACCUAAUGGCUUCGCUUUCCGAAUUCAAGAUCAACAGCGGCACUCAUCAGCAUCAGACGGUGACCGAUUCUCCGUACGCGAAGCCCAACAAGGCCACCAAGAGCUCGCAGAGCCCGCUGCCCGGUGCCGAGGGCACGCAGACUCGCGUCCAUAUUACCGAGACUCAUACGACUCAUCUGUAUCAGUCGGGAGAGAACCAGCCAAUCAAACAGAAUCAGUUAGAUUCUAUGCUCGGCAACCUUCACGCCGACAUGAGUCGCCAAGGUGUCAACACAACGCAAAAGGGAUGCUGCAGUGCCUGCGAGAAACCCAUCGUGGGACAGGUGAUCACGGCUUUGGGCAAGACGUGGCAUCCGGAACACUUCACGUGCACCCACUGCAACCAGGAGCUUGGCACGCGGAAUUUCUUCGAGCGGGAGGGCCACCCUUACUGCGAGACGGACUAUCAUAACUUGUUCUCGCCUCGUUGCGCUUAUUGCAACGGACCCAUUCUCGAUAAAUGCGUGACGGCUCUGGAAAAGACUUGGCACACGGAGCACUUCUUCUGCGCCCAGUGUGGCAAGCAGUUCGGCGAGGAAGGCUUCCACGAACGGGACGGCAAGCCGUAUUGCCGCGAGGAUUAUUUUGAUAUGUUCGCCCCAAAAUGCGGCGGUUGCAAUCGAGCCAUUAUGGAGAAUUAUAUAUCCGCGCUUAAUAGCCAGUGGCAUCCGGACUGCUUCGUCUGCAGGGACUGCAGACAAAAAUUCCAGGGCGGUUCCUUCUUCGAUCAUGAGGGAUUGCCGUAUUGCGAGACGCACUAUCACGCCAAAAGAGGAUCCCUGUGCGCGGGAUGUCACAAGCCCAUUACUGGUCGUUGCAUAACGGCGAUGUUCCGGAAAUUCCACCCCGAGCACUUUGUGUGUGCAUUUUGUUUGAAGCAGCUGAACAAGGGCACAUUCAAAGAGCAAAACGAUAAACCUUACUGCCAUGGCUGCUUCGAUAAACUCUUUGGAUAAAUAAUUGAAAAACAAAAAAGAUUGUCUUCGAAUUACAUAGACUUUGUAAGAUAAUAUGACGAAAUGGAGAGUCUGUUACGCGCUCUCGGUUUUUAAUUACUCUUGACGCAAUACGUAAAAGUAUUUUUUUUUUUUUUGCUUCUAUCGUUUAUGGGCAAAUUCAUCGAUUGAUCAAUCAGUCAAUUAAAAUAUCUCGCCCUAUAUAAAAAGCACGAGACGUGACUUACACAUUGCCUACAAAUUAAUCUCUCUCUCUCUCUCUUUUCGAGUUUCCAUUUGUUUUUUUUUAUAAAUAUUGAUUUUUUUGAAUGGUGCAAUUGAAUAUGCGUAUAAAUCGCGACGAGACUCAAGUUUGAUGUCAGAUUUUAAUUAAUAUAUUGUGAAAUAUGGUUAUCUUUUAAUCACAUCAUUUCCCUUGUUAAUGUUGAGUUUUAACAAACAUUUUUAGCUCGACAAUUGUCAGAAUAUAAUUUACCGUUUAUAAACACUGCGCGGAGCUUUCUGAUGGUCGUUGAACAAAUCUGAAGUAAAAAACUCUAUAUUUUUUUUUAUGUUAUAUGAAUGUUUUUAUAUAGAUAUAUAUAAAAAAAUAUGGUAAAUAUAGUGCAUUUUUUAGACUUAUUCGAAUUCGUAAAAUGCCAUUUUUUAAAAGGAUUGAUAGAAAGGUUGUCUCUGAAAACUUUUGACAAAGCCGAAGUGUGAAAAUUAUAGAUUGGGUCGAUCUGAAAAGUCAUUUGUCAUUUUGUGUAAAAUUUGCAUUAAUUAAUGGAUGAAAUUAUUUAUUGAUCAAUGAAUACGAGCCAUAAUGAGCGCGAGUGGGAAACGAUAUGACUCUGUAGUGCGUGCCUAUGAUUUUCAAAUGUGAAGAUCAGCUGAUCGUAAGAAGCUGUAUCACAAAGCCCCGCUCGCUUGUUGCGCUCGGUCUCUCGGUUGUUGAAGAAAAUUGCACGAGCUGCAAAUCAUUUUUUCUCUGUAAUUGCAAAAUCAAUCUAUUUUCACAUUUCGACUGUAUUAAAAUUUUUCAGACACCCUGUAUAUAUUAGUUGAACACUGCUAAUAAAUUUGUAUAUUAACAGGUGUAUCUAAUAAACGCACAUCCCGUACUCGAACAAGUAUUUACAUGUACUACCGAAUUUUCACUGUUAUUUAAAAUAUAACGAAAGCUCAUCCCGCGCGUUAACCCUCUAUGGGCCCAUGUAACUUUCAAGUCACAAGCUAAUAUAUCCACAUUUUAUCAAAUAGUUUUAGUUUUUUUCACAAGAUGAUGUAUAUACGUCUUAAUUAUAUAAUGCCUCUGAAAUAACCAAUAACAAUAUUUGAUAACGGUUGGCAGCACCAUCAACCUGAAAUGUCAAAAUAAAUACCUUGCAAGUUAUAUUUAAGAAAAAAAUUCGGCCCAUAGAGGGUUAAUAU